UAGUGGAGGAGUCAGAACUUCAAAAAGUGAUAACGCCGUCGACUUCUGGAGUGAUGAACAUGCUAUAGAGGACACUGAAAAGGAGUACAUGGCAUUGGAAGAAGGAAUAUCACGGAAUAAUAAUAGAGAGAUUAUUUGAUCACAGACAUAUUCGAUCUGGUUGCAGGUUAUGAAAUUGCAUGUUGCACCGUGAAAGUGGCGUUAUACUGUAAUGUUGGAGAAAGACACAGGCUGGUUACAGGAUAAAGCUGUUUAGGGUUUUGUUUUGCUUUUGCGUAACGUUCUCUGCACAACCACUUGUUGAAAUACCGAAAUCAACAGAGGCGAGGAUUUUUACGUUUUUCGUGGAUUAAAUGAAAACUUCAGAGUUUGGAGAGUUCAUAUUUCUCAGGAGCCAAUUCACAGUUCUGAGUGCGUGAGCGGUUGUUUGGGGGAACUCUAACGUUAUUUUUUUGAUAAACUUAACAUUGCUUAUGUUGGCUAGGGAAUAAGCUUGCCAACGUUUCAGCACAGACGCUUUUACGAGCUAACGUGAACUUGGUGUCGCAACAUUACUACAAUUAUAGCACUUCGUUUAUAGUGGUGCAUUUUGCAUAUAAAAAAUACAAACGAUCGUGAAUGUUGUUUUUUUAGGUUUUCCUGACUGUGGCGCAACAAAAUCUGUCAAUGACAGGUUAGCUCGCUGAACAGUUAGCGAGCUAGCUAGCAAAAGCUGGUACAACUUUAGCCAGUUAGCAAGUCCUUUGCUAAGAUUAGUAUUACCGAACCUUAGGGUACGCUACCGUUAGCUGUUUGAAUCUGUCAAAUCAACUUGUCAGUUAUCAAACAACUACAAUGACUGCUUCAGAUUUUGGUGUAGUAAAUGUGUAGCCACUAUAUCCUUAGUUUUAUGUUAUCAAUUUAUUCAUAGUGAGUUGAGUUUACUUGGGUCAUAUGGCAAAACGAUGCACACAAUAAACUAGCUAUAGCUGGCUACUCAACCAUGCUAACGCAAGCUUGUUAGCUUGAAAACUGCGCUGGCUUAACAAGUUGUCCAAUUAGCCAAGUAGGUGGCAUUUCCAUUUGAAUUGUCUUUGCUACUUUAGCACACGUUAACAAGUUACUUUGUGUCUCGGAGUUUAGUAGUCGGAACGGGACUUUUCCAUUUAGCUACUUCUAGUACAAAUUGUGUCGGAGCUGCCUUGAGAGUUAUCCCUUUAUAUUUCUUCUCGGGUUUUAGUUUUAGUUUGUUUUUCUAGCGUAACUGGCUGGUGGACUAGCGAGUUAGCUAGCUAACGAAUGUUUUUAUAAGCUUGACAGCAAGUAAACCAGCGUCCAACGAUUUUGUCUCUUUCAACACUUUGGAGAAAUCUCUUCACGAAUCCCGACAAUGGACUGUUGGUCAGACUUGUGACUUUUGCUCCAACUCUAAACUCCUACCUUUGUCAAGUAAAGUUGUUUAACUCUGCGGCCCUCACAAUGUCGGGAUCCCCGAGCUCGAGUGGGUCAAACCCGAGGAAAUUCAGCGAAAAGAUUGCCCUGCACAAUCAGAAACAAGCGGAGGAGACACGGGCCUUUGAGCAGCUUAUGACGGACCUCACUGUUUCAAGGGUGCAGUUCCAGAAGCUUCAGCAGCUGCGUCUCUCCCAGGGCCGGGCCCAAUAUUAUGGAGGCUCCCUACCCAAUGUCAACCAGAUUGGCAACACCAACACAGAGUUCCAGGGCCCGUUCCCGUCGGUGCUGGACGCGGGGGUGCGGGGGACGCGGCACCACGGCCUGGUGGAGAGGGUCCACCGCGACCGCAACCGCAUCAACUCACCGCACCGCCGACCCCUGGACAAGCACGGCCGGCAGAUGGAAAGCUCUCCGUACAGCUCUGUCUACCUGUCACCGCCACCAGACAACAACUGGCGAAGGGAGCAGCAGCCGUGGACUGAAGACAAACGACCCGGAUUUAGAUUAAUGUCCCAACUCAACAGGACGAACUCCGACUCGGCCCUCCACACCAGUGCUAUGAGUCCCAACCCACAGGACCCCUUUGGCAUGAACCAGCAGAUGGUCCGUGGGCCCCCGCAACGCAACGCCAGCGUAAAUGAGGCAGAGAUAGACGGAUCAGGAGAUGUGUUCUCCUUCCCCGCGAUGGCCAAGGACGACGGCCUGAUGGGUGUGAACAAGCCCAUGCCCAAGCAGCUGUGGGAGGCCAAGAAGGUCCAGUCCUUGUCCUCGCGCCCCAAGUCAUGUGAAGUGCCUGGAAUCAACAUAUUCCCCUCCCCGGAGCCCAGCAUGGGCCUGUCGCACUACCAGGGCUCCCUGAACACGGGCGGCUCUCUGCCCGACCUGAGCAACCUGCACUUCCCCUCGCCGCUGCCCACGCCGCUGGACCCAGACGACGGCAGCUGCUACCCCAACCUGAGCGGAGGCAGCAGCACGGGCAACCUGCCCGCCGCCAUGAUGCACCUGGGCAUCGGCAACUCCCAGGGUCUCUCGUCCUCCCUCAGCAACCCCUCCAUCCAGGCGUCGCUGGCCAACUCCCAGCUGCACUCGUCCCUCAGUAACCCCUCCAUCCACUCGUCCCUGCGCCUCUCCUCGCUCAACAGUCCUCCGGCGGCCGGCAUGAGCAGUUCGCCGCGGCGACGCCCCGCCCCCAUCAGCCCCCUGACGCUGUCGCCGGGCGCCGAGCAGAGGCGGAGUCUGGGCAAGCAGAUGUCGCCGACCAUGUCGCCAUCGCUGUCCCCGAUCACACAGGGCGUCCCGUUAGACACCAGUCUCCCCAUGGAGCCGCCCCCGCCGUACCCCCUCUACAAGCAGCCCCAGCAGUCCAUGCAGCAGCAGCAGCAGCAGCAGAACCAGCACCAGUCCAUGCAGCAAGGCCGGUGUCAGGGCCAGCAGCAACAGCAGCACCACCAGCAGCAGCAGCCAGUGUCGCCGCUGCAGAACCUGGCCAACCUGGACUUCAGCUCAGCCCUGCAUAAUAACAUGGGAACGUUCUUCAACGAUCCCUUCAUGGAUCCUCAGUUUUGCGGCCGCCAAAAGGGUCUCAAUUACCAGCAGGAUCAGUUCAGUCUGCUGGAGAAUGCCAUGAGUGCGAUGGGCGGGGGCUCGUGCUUCGACAACGCCUCCAACCUCUACUACAACCAGGCCUCGCUGAUGGGUCUGAGCGGUAGCCACGGCAACCUGCAGGACCCCCUGCAGAUGCGCUCCAACAUGCUCUACAAUAACUGCGGGGGAGGAGUCCCCAACAUCAUCCUCACAGACGACUCCAACCCCAACCUGUCGAAGGACAUCAGCAAUGCUCUGUCGGCGGUGCCCGAGUGCUUCGACUCGGAGGGCUGCUUCCCCCUGGAGGACGAGCUGCGCAUCGAGCCCCUCAGCCUGGACGGUCUGAGCAUGCUCAGCGACCCCGACAUGGUCCUGCCCGACCCCUCCGUGGAGGACAGUUUCCGUAGCGACAGACUCUGAAGAGCGCGCUCGCUCUCUCUCUCUCUCUCUCUCUCUCUCCCCGGGGCGGAGGUGGACAGGGCAGGGCAGGGCAGGGCAGGUCACUCCCCGUUACACGUGUCCUUCACUCGCACGCGAGCCGCUCACACGUCGCUCAACGGAACACUUUGUGGGGGAAAAACCACGUGCAUGUGAGGAUGCAUCCUUGCAUGUAUUUACAUGUAAAGAGUCGAAAAAUGUUACACGCUCUCACACACUACUUGUGGACUCGUCGGCAUCACAGUUCAGACACACACACACACUUUUUUUUGGUUGUUGUUGGUUUUUUUACAUGCAAAUGGAGUGGAAAGUGGCACGGACUGUCUGCUCAGUCCCAGGAGGAGCAGAAGAGUGUCAGUGGGAACUCAUCUUAGCGUUCUUAUUUUUUUUUACCCUGUUGUUUGUGUUUUUGUUUGAUGUAUAUCUGAAUGUACACCAUACAGUCAGAUAAGAAUGAAAGACUGAAACAUUCAGGUUUUUCACUUAAACACACACACACACACACACAAACACACACACACGCACACACGCUCACACACUCACAGCACUGGCAGUAACAUGCAUACACACUCUAAGAGGUGUAAUAAGGGACUUCUUUUUUGUAUGUGUGUGUUUGCUAUUGUUUUUUGGUUUUAUAACGGUCUGCUAUUGUCCUUCAUGUGGCUAAGGUCUUUUGUUUUUUCCCGAUUUCACCAAAAAGAGGAAUGUCGUUUCUGUGACACUGUCCUUGUCCAGCGUCCAUGGACCCGGGACUGUUUUGCUCUCUGCUUAUGGGUCCACCCGGGGUCACUUACUCUCUCUGGCCCCUCACUCUUCUUUGGAGAUUCUGGAUGACGUCUGAGGACAUCGUCCCUCUCCCUCGCUCGUGUCCUCUUGCUCUGCGCACAAACAGGACGGCGAGCCGAGCCGAGCGCCGAGAUGAGAUGAGAUGCCCAGACCAGGCUUGGCACCAAGCAAACAGAUGGGCGCGCCCUUCAGGGGACUUCAGUCCCUGACUUGCCCACCAGCAAACCCACGCCAGCACCCCGCAACUACCCCCCCCCUCCCCAGUGCCCACUCUGAAGCCUGGCAGUGUGGCACUGGCACCAGCUUUGCCAUUGCUUUGUUCCAGUCCGUCAGCUCGGACCCGCGGCAUAUGCGCCCACAGCCCCCCUGUGCCCAGUGUGUGAACCCCUCGUUCUGGCUGCAGUGCCCGCGCCCAAUGCAGUUCAGCUGUAGUGUAACGGUGACCAGCGACAAACACUCAAAAGAGAGAAGCUUACUCCUUCUCCCCGAAUACUUUAUUGAGGCACAAUCAUCCGCUCUUCUUUAUGCACGGAGCAUUAUUUUUCAAUGUCUUUGCAUAAUAUAUAUAUUUUUUUGUAAAAUAUGAAAAUUAAUGAGAUUUAUAAACAACAAUAAGAGAAAAAAAAAGUUUGCCACUUAACAUAUGCCUCACGAUCACCGUCGGACAAGAAUGUAUUUUCUAAGAAAUAAAGAAAAAAGCAUGUACACUUCAUAAAAAGGGCAAACUGUUUACAGUGCAAACUAAAAAGAUUUUAAAGAUGAAAAAAGAUAUUUCAAAGCAAAUCUUAAGAUUCUUAUAUGAGAUGGAAACACUUCUAUAAUGUUUUGGUAUAAAGUCUAUGGCAAAGAGAGAAAAAAAGGAAUUAUUUGUAUUCACUUCUAUUGUAUAUUUUUGACUUUUCCAUUGAGAUUAUGGAAGCUCGGUGCUGAGUUGAGCAGCCUGUUAAAAGGCUGUGGCGUUGUCUCGUCUCGUCAGUGAUAACUAUGCAGAGCACUGCAGCAAAACCAGCCCCCAACACAGAGAAAAAGAAACUAUUUUACCUUUCAUUAACUAUGAUGUAUCUCUCUGUCUCAUUGUUAUGUAAGUAUAUAUAGAUAUAUAUAUAUAUAUAAAGUAUAAUCACUUAUUUCACUUUGUAUACUGAAUUGUGAUGCAGCUCGUUCCAUGUCAAUGUUUUAUCCUUCCUUUUUUUCUGACUUUUAACAUUGUAUUUGUUUUCUAUUUCUGGUGGCAUCAGCAGUUGUGAUGCAGGCAGUGUCUUGUGUGUUUAGUUAUUCUUUCCAUUUUCUGUGCAGUAUGUUUGAGAGAGAGAUGGAGCGUGUGUGUGUGUGUGUGUGUGUAAUAAUCCAGUUGGGUCAUUACCUUCUUGCUCCUUGUGUAGUUUGGUGUGACGUACACUCUCCUGCAGAGACAUGCAACCUUUUAUGCACCUACAGAUGAACAAAUCCAAGCCAAAUACAAAAAGACAGAGACAUUUUAUUUCUUGUACAAAGACAAUCACAGGGUUGGACCCAUGUCUAACAGAACAGUGACCAGGACAGUCUCACAUAUACUAAUGCUUAAACCUUCACCAGCAGUUUAUUACAAAUGUCACUGUCGCUUGAUUAACAUUAAAAUAUAAUAUAAUAUCAUAUAAUAUGAUGUAAUAUAAUAUAAAAUAUAAUAUAAUAUAGUAUCAUAUUAUGUGAUGUAAAUUCCCCACAAAGUAAAAGAGAUUAAUUGUGUAGAGUCCUUCAGUGGUUUAUCUUUGGGAAAGAGUGGAAACAAAGCCACUGCUCUUGUGUCCUCCUGGACAUCUUUACUGCCAGCACAGGCUAUGUGUGUGUGUGUGUGUGUGUGUGUGUGUUUGUGUGUGUGCGCGCCCACUAGCUUUAGUCUAUCCAUCCGACAUGUCUCUCCUCUCUUGGUCAUGCCUCUCUCCCUCUAAUGCCUUAUGUCUCUCGUCCCUCUUUUUUCCCUCUCGCGCUGCAAUCUCGGCUUUUUCCCUCGCAGGCAAUUUUGUUUUGUGUGUUUGUUUGUUUUGUUAUGUUGGUCUUCUUUACAUAGUUCUUAUCAGAGAUGUUAGUAACAAAUAAUGUCGUUUUUCGUAGAAGGAAUUUGUGUUUCAUUUUGUUCAUUUUUUUUUCUUGUUUGGUGUCUUACUUUUUUUAGUUACCUUUUAAAAAUGUACAGUUCUGUUAUUUAAAAAGGUUUCUUGUCCACUAGUGUAACUACUGUUUUGUUUUGUUUGUUUUUUUAAUAUGCCAUUUUAAAUCAUUGUCUUUUUUCAGUAACAGCUUUUUUGGUUUGUGAUGUAUGUUAUAGUGCUUAUGUUUUUUGAUUUAAUAUAAACAAUAAAACUCGAUAC